GUGUGUCGUCGUUCCAGCACCUCCUCGUCCGCGUGGAGCUGCGCGUCGGGGUGUGGCUGGUGGCGACGUUCACCCUCCUCGGUAACCUGAUGGUGCUGGGUGGGCGUGUGUUCUCCAGGGACGACAACAAGAUACUGUCGCUCUUUAUCCGAAACCUUGCCGUGGCUGACUUGCUCACCGGCGUCUACCUGCUGGUGAUCGCCGUGAAGGACCUGGAGUUCCGCAGCAGCUACAGUGACCACGCCUACUACUGGAUGACCUCCUGGCAGUGCACCUUCACCGGGGUCCUCGCCAUGACGUCAACAGAGGUGUCUGUGCUCAUCCUGUCGUUCAUGUCUGUGGAACGGUGGCUGUGCAUCACGUGGCCGCUCGCGGCACCCAAGCUGUCCCUGGGCGGUGCCAAGAUGGCACUCUCCCUCAUCUGGCUCCUUGGCCUCAGUCUGGCUCUAACUCCCGUGCUGUACUACCAAGGGCACCAGCAGCGUUUCUACGGCACCAACGGCCUGUGUUUCCCUCUCCACCUGGAUGACCCCUGGGUGCCUGGCUGGCUGUACUCGGGGCUCCUCUUCGUGGGCCUGAACCAGCUGGGUGUGGUCCUUAUCCUGGUCUCGUACACGGGCAUGUUCUGCAGCAUCAGACGCACCAGAGCCAACACGCCACUCUCGCUCGGGGACCGCGAGUUCGCGAUGCGCUUCUUCUUCAUUGUCUUCACCGACUGUCUCUGCUGGACGCCCAUCAUAGUCCUGCGCAUCAUGGCUAUCGCGGAGGUGGACAUUAAACCCGAGCUCUACGCCUAUGUGGUGGUUGUGUUGCUGCCCAUCAACUCCGCCCUCAACCCCUUCCUCUACACCUUCACCACCACCAAGUUCAGGUCUCAGACACGCAGGUUCCUCACAGGCCGCGGCGUGUGUCUGUGUGUGUGGGUGCCGCGCCAGGACACGGACUCGGAGACAACCCGGACCUCGUUCUUCAGGAGCGCCACGCUCAAGCUCACCAACGGCCGCGACUUUCUGCCGGCCCUCAAUUGUACCGCCCCGACCCACACCGUUGACGAGACCACCGUGGCAGAGGUCUCACGGGCAUCACUGGGCCGGGACGAGGUAGUAAAGAUAGAGACCAAACUGUGAGGUGGCGGUGCUGUUGCCAGGGACGAUGUGGUCAAGGUCGAGUUCAAGAUGUGAGGUGGAUGUAGUGGUGUGUGGUGUCGUGGUGUUGUAGACAUGAAACUGUGAGGUGCUGCGUGUUGAUGAGUAGUGUGGCAGUGCGGUAGUGUUGAUGGGGUGAUAGACUGUGGCAGCUUGUUUACGAUACACCGCAGGCGUGCCUAGAUGUUGUGGUCCAUCCAGGACCACCCCACCCCAACCCUCCCCCAGUUGAGACAACAGUCUCCUGAAACGUCCUGUUGUGGGGUAGCACGAGGGAAGCUGUCACCAAAUUCGCCCGUGGUUUCCUGCUAGCAUUUGUACCAGGAACUUUGGGAAUGCAGUAACCUCUGGAAAGAUCGCGUCUUCGGGAUACCAUAUCCGUUCGCUGACCACGAUACCUGUCUAUGUCUGUGAGCUUGUCUGUCUUCCGAGUCCACUCUUCAUACCCCUCAAAGAGACAGAGGAAGCUGGUUGGUCUGCAGCUGAAGAGUUAGGUGGAAGGGGACGAGGAGGACCAAGAGUGGACCCCGAUCGUUCCGGCCAUGACUCUGGUCUCCCCCAAGGAGUCGCCCCAUGCCGUGGUGCUGCCCCAGGCCCACGCCUUCUCCAUCACACAGCACCAGCAACAGCAGUAGUAGCAGCACUUUCUACAGCAGCAGGAGCAGUAAAGCAUCAGGACUGUCUUUGGUCUUUGUGAUCAUGCCUUCACCAAUUCGUCUCCCAGUCGCAUCUCCAGGGACAGGAAGGGCAUAGACCGGGGCCUCUUCCCCACUUACUUCCUGCAUGUGGAGCGAGACGACGGAAAAAAAAGAUGUUCCUCCUCGCUGGACGAAAACGAAAGAAGUCAGCAACCUCAAGCUAUCUGAUUUCUGCUGACCCAACUGAUUAGGCCCGAGGUGGUGAGUCUCUAUGGGAAGCUGAGGUCGAAUCUCCUGGGGACGCAGUUCACCAUAUAUGAUGGAGGUGAAGGUCGCAAGAAGACACUGUCCUCAUCCACUACCACUGACAAGCAAAGCUUGUGUGCUGUGAUCUAUGUAAACAGUGGUUGAGCCUGGAUUGUGGGUGUCCUGUAUUCAGGGGCUGGUUUUUCAUCAUCAGCUGAAGCAGCAACUGCAUGACAAAAGCCUUUCCCAAUGAUCUCCUAUUUCUGCGUCUGAUGUUAGUGUACUCCAUGUCGCUCAUGCACAUAUUCUCUGACUUCAUUUAUCCAUCUUGUUAUCUGUCUGCCCUGACCUUUAGAUUUUUUUGGGUUGCCACACUGUUACAUUGGUUGUCCAUCUGUUUGUUUUUCGGUCCCCCUUUUUCCUACCAUGUCACAUUUUUAUUGUCGCCUUCUAUUUCCCCAGUCCUUCCUAUCGCUCUUUGCUCUCAGUCUCCUUUCUUUUGUGAACAGUCAUCCAUCGCAGCGUGUCUCAAAACUAGUGGAAAAUCCUUGCCCUCCUCUAUUAACAAUCGCCAUUUACCUUCGUUUCAUCCUUACCUUUAAUCCUUCUGCUUACUCUGUCAAACUGUUCUCUCCGUUGGGCUCCUCCGAUCAUAACCUUAUAUCUGUAUCCUGUCCUAUCGCUCCUGUACAUCCUCUGGACCCGCCGAAGAGGCGAUGCUUCUGGCAUUUUGCUUCAGCUCGGUGGGACGACCUGAGGAUGUACUUUUCCGAUUUUCCGUGGAAUGAUUACUGCUUCCAGGAGAGAGACCCCUCUGUGUGUGCUCAGCGCAUCACAGAGGUGAUUGUCUCUGGAAUGGAGGCAUACAUUCCUCGUACUUUCUCUACUCAUGCUAAAAAGCCUUGGUUUUAUCACGCUUAUUCUCGUGCUAUAAAAGAUAGAGAGGCAGCUCACAAAAGGUUCCAGAGCCUUCGAACUCCCACUAACCUUUACAUUUCAGCCCGGAAUCGUGCCAAAUCUAUUCUCCGAAUUACCAAAACUUCUUUUAUUAGUAGAAAAUGUCAACACCUUGCUUCUUCUAAUUCUUCCCGUGACUUCUGGCAUCUAGCCAAAAAUAUCUCCUCCAAUUUCACUUCUUCCGCUUUCCCUCCUUAACCCUGACGGCAGCACUGCCGUCUCAUCUGUCUCUAAGGCUGAACUCUUCGCUCAAACUUUCUGUAAGAACUCCACCCUGGACGAUUCUGGGCAUAUUCCUCCUACUCAUCCCCCCUCUGAUUCCUUUAUGAUUGUUAUUAAGAUUCUUCCAAAUGAUGUUUUCUAUGCUCUCUCUGGCCUGAACUCUCAGAAGGCUUAUGGACCUGAUGGAGUGCCUCCUAUUGUCCUUAAAAACUGUGCUUCUGUGCUGACACCCUGCCUGGUCAAACUCUUUCGUCUCUGCCUAUCAACAUCUAUCUUUCCUUCCUGCUGGAAGUAUGCCUUUGUACAGCCUGUGCCUAAGAAGGGUGACCGUUCCAAUCCCACAAACUUCCGCUCUGUAGCUUUACUUGCCUGUCUAUCUAAAGCUUUUGAAUCAAUCCUUAACCGGAAGAUUCAAAAGCGCCUUUCCACUUCUAACCUUCUAUAUGAUCGCCAGUAUGGAUUCCGCAAGGGGCGUUCUACUGGCGAUCUUCUUGCUCUCUUAACUGACUCGUGGUCAUCCUCUCUUAGCCGUUUCGGUGAAACUUUCUCUGUUGCGCUAGACAUAUCGAAAGCCUUCGAUAGAGUCUGGCACCAGUCUUUGCUUUCUAAACUGCCCUCUUUCGGAUUCUAUCCCCCUCUCUGUUCCUUUAUCUCCAAUUUCCUUUCCGGUCGUUCUAUCUCUGCGGUGGUAGACGGUCACUGCUCUUCCCCUAAAUCUAUCAACAGUGGCGUUCCACAGGGCUAUGUCCUAUCACCCACUCUCUUCCUGUUAUUCAUCAAUGAUCUUCUUUCCAUAACAAACUGUUCUGUCCAUUCAUACGCCGACGACUUCACCCUGCAUUAUUCAACUUCUUUCAAUAGAAGACCAACACAUCAGGAAGUACACGACUCCAGACUGGACGCUGCAGAACGCUUAACCUUAACCUUGCUAUCAUUUCCGAUUGAGGCAGAAGGAACCUUGUUUCCUUCAAUGCCUCAAAAACUCACUUUCUCCACCUAUCAACUCGACACAAUCUUCCAAACACCUAUCCCCUAUUCUUCGACAAUACUCAGCUGUCACCUUCUUCAACACUAAACAUCCUCGGUCUAUUCUUAGCUCAAAAUCUCAACUGGAAACUUCAUAUCUCCUCUCUUGCUAAAUCAGCUUCCUCGAGGUUGGGCGUUCUGUAUCGUCUCCGCCAGUUCUUCUCCCCCGCGCAGUUGCUAUCCAUAUACAGGGGCCUUGUCCGCCCUCGUAUGGAGUAUGCAUCUCACGUGUGGGGGGGGUGGGUUCCACUCACACAGCUCUUCUGGACAGAGUGGAGUCUAAGGCUCUUCGUCUCAUCAGCUCUCCUCCUCCUACUGAUAGUCUUCUACCUCUUAAAUUCCGCAGCGAUGUUGCCUCUCUUUCUAUCUUCUAUCGAUAUUUCCACGCUGACUGCUUUUCUGAACUUGCUAACUGCAUGCCUUCCCCCCUCCCGCGGCCCCGCUGCACACGACUUUCUAUUCAUGCUCAUCCCUACACUGUCCAAACCCCUUCUGCAAGAGUUAACCAGCAUCUUCACUAUUUUAUCCCUCACGCUGGUAAACUCAGGAAUAAUCUUCCUUCAUCUGUAUUUCCUCCUACCUACGA